GUGCAAUGUUUUAUCAUGCGCUAUAUUUUUACUAUUAUAAUAUUAUUCAAUAAAUAAACUAAACUUUAUGUUUACUUGGUUUAUUUUAUGUUGUAUGACGUACUUUCACGGAGCGGCUACUUGCGACCUUGCGAGCCUUGCGACGAUUCAACCAAAAACUCAACACUCAACCAAUGGAAAGAUUUGUUUUCCGUCAUUAGCGAAAGACGCGGAUCUGAAGGAUUAGAGAUACUGACAGGAGCGCUGCUUCGUCGUCUUGUUCAUUUUGUGCGCGCUUGUUAGUGGAAGCGAAAGAAGGAAGCUGAAGUUUUUUCGUGUUAUGAUGUAUCUGCAGGAUUUAGCAGACUUCGCAUUCAUGCAUAAGGAUGGUGGGAACGACGUCGACUACAACGAUGACAACAGCGUCGACUUCGACGAUUUCCUAGAUCACGAAGACAGGGACUCGGACGAAGAUACCGAAGAUGCGAGCGAGACGGACAUGGUCAAGCAUGAGGAGCAGUACACCGAGAUCAAGGAGCAGAUGUACAGGGCCAAGUUGGCCACGCUAAAGAAGCAGCUGGCUCAGCUGAAAGAGGAUAGUCACCCAGAGUACCUCAAGAAGCUCAAGAGGAUCGAGCAAGUGUACCACGAAAGGCGGUUCAUGAACGACGUCUUCCAGACGCACGAGGUUGAGCGUGUGGAAAGAGAGUACAUCCAGGAGAAGAAAGCUGCGGUCCGCGAGUUUGAGGAGAAGAAGAUUGACCUGCGGGAGUCGCUCAUCAUGGAACUGGAAGAGAAGCGGCGCAUGGUGGAGGCAGAGCGCAGCACCAUUGAGCUCACUGGAGAUUCCAUGGAGGUGAAGUCCGUCACGACUCGCAAGCUGCGCAGACGGCCCAAUGAUCCCCUACCCAUGCCCGAGAAGAGGAGGAAGACUUCUCCCAAUAUCCUUUGCCAACCGCGCGGCACACUCGUAAAGAGUAUGAGCAUCCCAAGAGGGUUGCACACCAAGCGUGGGUCUCACACAAGGUCUGCUCGUGGUGCGUCAUCCUUAACAGUAUCACCUCAGCUCAAUUUCCUCCUGGACGAAACGGACAUCAUAGACGACCUAAAAACACUGAACAAGGGGAAGUUGCCCUCCAUGAGCAAACGGUUGGACUGUGAAGGCUACGGAAAUGGAGACCACAGCUCGCACAUCUUUGACGCCAAGAUCGAGGAUGGGAAGCUGUUCUAUGAGCGCAAGUGGUAUCAAAGGGGCCAGUCGGUCUGUGUGGAAUCGAAGGAUAUGGGGCGCUUUUAUGGGGUCAUUUCCACCGUGGGGACAUCAGAGUUUUGGAUGAAGAAAUCGCACGAUGGCAGCAAGAUCAAGAUUCACCUCUCUCAGCUGCUGAAAGGCAAAAUCAUUCUGAGAAGAAAAUCAGCUUGUUGAGAGUGUGUGCAUGCCUUUUCCUCUUCAUGUAGUCUUAUUUUAUGUACAAAGAUAUGUGUGACAUUGUAAUAAAAAUCCAGUGUACAUUCUCA